AUGGAUAAAAGCAAAUCACCCACAGCUAGCAGCGCAGCUUGUGCCGAAUACAGUGCAAAUGCGUUUUCAGCAGUAUCAAAACAAGCCAUUACUAGCGCCACUGUUGAAACUUCCUCAGAAGACUUUCGAGCACGACCAAGAAGAAUCGUGCAAAAUUUCCUUUUAGUAUGGCUCGAUGCUAAUAUUGAUGAAGGAAAGGAAGAUUUUCAAAAGGCGCUGACAGCGCUUCGAAAAAUUUUCGUGACGGUAGAACCUUUUACUGACGUUGACCAAUGUGUUGAUUACCUAACAAGUAUAGAUGAUCAGAAAAUUUAUUUAAUUACCUCUGCGUCACUUGGCCAAACGACAGUGCCACUUAUACAUGAUAUAGCUCAACUUGAUACGAUCUUUGUUUUCUGCUCAAACAAAGAUGAGCACAAAUUUUGGGCGAAAGAAUGCGCGAAAGUGAAAGGCAUUCACGACUCAAUACAGCCUAUAUGCAUGCAAUUAAUAAAGGCGACACAAUCAUGCGACCACGAUGCAAUACCGAUGAGUUUCAUACCAAAGCGACAAAUAUCAGAAGCAGCAUCCACAAAACAAAAUCUGGAUCAAUUACCGCCAUCUUACAUGUACUCGGUGAUUUUCAAGGACAUCAUAUUAGAAAUCGAUCAUGAUGACAACAAAUCUAUGAAUACUUUAGUGAACUUUUGCCGACAACAAAAUAUUCCUGAAAUACAGAUAAACUUAUUACAGAGUAAUUACCACGAGAAAUCACCUAUUUGGUGGUAUACGAAGCCAAUGUUUCUCUAUGGUAUGCUUAAUCGUGCCUUACGAAUGCUCGAUAUGGAAGUGAUGAUAAAAUUAGGUUUUUUUAUUCAAAGUCUGCAUCUGCAGCUGGAACAAUUGCAUCAAGCACAGUCGGCAAAUUUUCAACAAGCGUUUACCGUUUAUCGUGGUCAGGAACUGAGUCAAAAGGAUUUUCAGAAUCUACUAGAUUCAAAAGGUGGCCUACUAUCGUUCAACAACUUUCUAUCGACUAGUAAGGAAAGAGACGUGGCUACAUUAUUUGUUCAAGAGUUCGUGCCAAACAAUAAAGAUAUUGUUAGCGUUUUGUUUAUAAUGACAAUCGAUCCAACUACGAUAUCAACUUCAAUUACACCAUUUGCAAUGAUCCAUGAACAUAGUGCUAUUUCAUCGGAACAAGAAAUUCUAUUUACAAUGCACACUGUUUUUCGUGUCGUUGAAAUUCAACAGACGACUAAAAAUAAUCGUCUUUGGGAAGUACAAUUGACUAUUACUGACGAAAGUGAUCCACAACUUGCUGGUCUUACUGAUCACAUCAAAGAGGAGGUCCAAGAUUCAACUGGAUGGCGUCGAAUGGGUAAAUUGAUGCUCCAAGUGGGUCAUUUCGAUCAAGCUGAAGAACUCUACAAUGAAUUACUCGAGAAUGCUUCCACUGAUAGCGAUAGAGCACAUGUCUAUCACCAGCUCGGAUACUUGAAAAACGAUCAAGGGAAAUAUCCAGAAGCAGCUAAAUUCUACGAAAAAUCCCUCGCGAUCAAGCGGAAAACUCUUCCAGAAGAUAGUGCUUCAUUGGCUGCUAUAUGGAAGUCAUUAAUUAAUGUCAUUAAUUAA